ACCACCAUCAAACACCACAGACCAUAGUCGACAACUCCUUGCAAGAAAGAAGACGCUGAUGGAGAAAAAGACAAAGAGGUGUGAAACAUGCCUCCAUUUUGGAAUUGCGAGGCCCAUUUAAAGAGGGGCCUCAAGAGAGGCCCAUCCUAGUCAGCCCUAAAUAAAGCGGGUCAGGAUCAGCCCACGAUCGAAGCUAGCUGCUUGUGAAAGACGCACCGCGCAGCUCGCACUUGCAGCAGCAUUUGAACUCUACUAUCGUUUUCUCCGUUCUUUCUCAAAGCCGCACUCAACUUUCUAAAACCAAAUCGGUUUGAAUCCUCAUUUCCCGCCUCUCACUGGAAAGCAGCAAAAUCACCUUUCUCUACUAUCUAUCUGUUCCUUUUGUACUCUGAGUGGGUAGAAGUCAUGGUAAGGCUCACUGCUGACUUGAUUUGGAAAAGCCCUCAUUUCUUCAACACGAUUAAAGAGCGUGAGUUAGAUCUCAGAGGCAACAAGAUAGCUGUAAUUGAAAACUUGGGUGCUACUGAGGACCAAUUUGACACAAUAGACUUAUCUGACAAUGAGAUUGUUAAACUUGAAAAUGUACCAUAUCUUAACCGGUUGGGCACAAUGCUCAUUAACAACAACAGGAUUACUAGAAUUAAUCCCAACAUCGGAGAGUUCUUGCCAAAUUUACACACUCUAGUUCUCACAAACAACAGAAUUGUAAACUUGGUUGAAAUUGAUCCUUUAGCAUCUCUUCCAAAGCUGCACUUCCUUAGUCUGCUGGACAACAAUAUUACAAAGAAACCUAAUUACAGGCUUUAUGUUAUUAACAACCUGAAAUCCCUCCGGGUGUUAGAUUUCAAGAAAGUGAAAAAUAAGGAACGGUUGGAAGCCAAAAACUUGUUUGCUUCAAAAGAAGUUAUAGAAGAGAUUCAAAGGACACCAGCAAAAACAUUUUCAACUGGUGAAACUCCAAAUGUUUCUGAAGCGAUUGAGGAACAACAGACGCCCAAAGUGGUUGCUCCUACACCUGAGCAAAUUAUUGCUAUUAAGGCUGCCAUUGUGAAUUCUCAGACUCUUGAAGAGGUUGCUAGGCUUGAAAAGGCAUUGAAGUCUGGUCAGCUUCCUGCAGAUUUAAAAAGCUUGAGUGAUAAUAUAAUGUUGGAUAAUGUUGAUGAAAAACAUGAGGACAUGAUUCAUGAUGAUAGAAGUCAAGCUGAUGGCAAAUCGAAUGAUACACAAGAGCAGAGAAAUACUGAUUCUGCUUCAAUGGAACAGGAUUAGAGUGAAAAGGUUUUCAAAUAGUCCUAGCACUGUGGACUUCUUUAAUGUCAGGUUCUAGAGUUAGACUCUUGGUAAUUUUCCAUGAGGUGUACUUUAUGAAUCUUCCAUUACUUGAGAACUGGAUGUUUCAAUUUCACUCGUGGUGAAUCAUUGCUUUGGCCUUUAUAUAUGUGUUAAAUUGUAUUAUUUUUACACUAGAACGAUUAUGGAAUUUGCCUAGAGUUUUUUCACAAA